AUGGCUGAGCUAGAGCCCGAAGACGCUGCUGCAUACGAUCCGCCGCAAGAGAUCGAGCCCGAUUCAGCAACAGAAUUCUCCGAUGAGGCCGCAUCGAGCGUCUUGACCUCUAUCGCCUCCGAAAUCAAGAAAGGCCGCGAGGAGAAUGGCAGAAUAUACGCGGCCUACGGCUCUCAAGAGUAUAUGCUCCCCGUCGACGAGUACGAGCUCGACCGAAUGGACAUGCAGCACCACAAAUACACCCUACUUCAGGGAGACAAGCUAUACCUCGCUCCGCUACGCGACGACCCGCAGAAAAUCCUCGACAUCGGCACAGGAACCGGCAUCUGGGCAAUCGAGAUGGCCGAGAAAUUCCACUCGGCCGAGGUCAUCGGGACCGACAUCGCACCGGUGCAACCAAACUGGACACCGCCAAACUGCUACUUCGAGGUUGAUGACUGCGAGCUGGACUGGCAGUUCAAGGAGGCGAGCUUUGAUUUCAUCCACACGCGCGACUGCUACCUGUCGAUCCGGAACUGGCCUCGCCAUCUCAAGCCUGGUGGCUGGUUAGAACUCUCCUGCGUCUGGCCCGUCCCGAAGAGCGACGACGGUACACUGGACCAAGACUCGGGCUACGUCGAACUGUGCCAGACUUUCAUGGACAUCGGUGAAGCAAUCGGGGCCGACGCCGACGUCCCGCGGCGAUACAAGCGAUACAUGCUCGAGCAAGGCUUCGAGGAUGUUGAGGAGGUUGUUUUCAAGGUGCCCACGUCCGAGUGGCCCAAGGACAAGCGGCUCAAGAAGGUCGGCGCGCUGGAGAGGCUGAAUCUACUCGAGGGCGGAGAGGCAUUCUUGCUCAGAGGCAUGACCAAAGAAUUUGGCCGAUCGCGCGCGGAGAUGGAAGUGAUGUUGAUGCGCAUGCGGAAAGAGCUGAUGGCCAACAAGUUCCACAGUUACGUCUCGUUGUGCGUCCGUCUUAUUCCCCACGAGAGAUACCUGCUGACCGUCCCGCUCAGUUACGUUGUGUACGGUAGGAAACCUGACGGGAAAUCCAGAGCUGAUGCAUAA